CAACUUCUUACAUUCUCACUUCUACUUAUCGUAGUGCACCACUACUACGGAUACAAGCCCUUUUACAUUCCACGAGUAAGCAUAUUAAGAAUGGCAGAAGUCGCAGCCGGCGCAGGUGCCGCCCUCGCCGCCGAAGAAGUCAUAUCAACAAGCGUCCAAGCCGGCGUCGCAGGCUACAUGAUCGCAAAGCCCACUAUGCCUCUCAAAGCCUCAUACAACCGUGUCGCUGUCGCCGACGAUGAAGAGCUCAAACGGCGCUCGCUCGAGCGUUCCCAUCAUAGUGUUACAGUCCUCGGAAACCACGCCUACAUAAUCGGUGGCACUACUAACGGCAAUACGCUCGCAAGCAACGAUAUGCAUGCCGUUACGCUCACCCCCUCCACGGAGCCGGACAUGGAGUAUCGGUUGAUCCCCGCACUACCUGGCGUGGAAGGCGGCAAAGUGCCAAAGGCGAGGACUAGACAUGCCGCGUGCAAGUUCAAAGACUGCGUCGCUGUGUAUGGUGGCUGCGACAAGAGCGGCAAUCCCAUCGAUGAGAGGUCCUCGAUCUGGCUUUUCGACCCGCAAUCCCGAACAUGGGGUGAACUAGCGCCGGCCGCAGCCUCAGCGACGACAGAAUUCCAGCCCGGUCCGCUGCAGGACCCCAAACUCUUCGCCCACGAUGCCACCACCCUGAUCCUCUACGGCGGCCAAACACCAGCCACAGUCGCAUCCUCCGAUCUAUGGAAAUUCGAUACUAAGUCCCGGACAUGGUCGCCCCUUCCCACGCCCCCCGCAGCUGCCGAACCGAGCAAUGCCGCAGUGGCAAACGGCCGCUUCUACUUCAUCUCGUCCGACGACUCCAUGAGCAGCCAACUGCACAUAUUACCCCUGAGCUCAGCAUCCAGGGGAAGCAAAGAAGAAGAGCAGAAAUGGACAACCCUGACCUUCCCCACAAACCCCCUCGCACCGGGCCCGCGAGCCCGCCAUGGCGGUGCCUUACUCCCCAUAACCACAGGCUACGGCCGCAACUACCUCGUCUACUUCCUGGGCGCACGCUCGCAACCCACCUCGUCUUCUGCCACCACCAGGCUGGGUAUGACGGGCGACGAGAAGUUCACCAUCGGCGAAGCCGAAGAAGCACAGUCUCCUCCGUCAGAACCGAGAGCACAGCAUGAGGAGCAUGAGGAGAAAGACGUCACUCAAUGGAGCGACAUGUGGACCCUGCAGCUUCCAUCCAGCGACCUCGAAGCAAAGCCCAAACUGAGCAUCAAGGAAGCCAUCAAGCCUGCAAAGAUCAAGGACGCUAUUAGAUCAGGGCUGGGCGCGGAGACGGGGAAAUGGGGUUGGGCCGAGGUGGAGAUGACGGUGCCGGAGGAGUUGGGCGCUGCGGAGGGGAAACUGCAUCCCGGGCCGCGGGCGUGGUUUGGCAGCGAUGUGAUGGAGGAUGGGAAGAGCGUGGUGUUUUGGGGCGGGGAGAAUGCCGAGGGCGAGAAGGUCGGGGAUGGCUGGACUGUGAGGCUGGAGUAGCUGCUGGGGUCUAAAGUGAGCGCCGUUCGGGGGAUGAUGAUGCAGCCUGUAUGGAUCAUGCUAUUGAAAAAGACCGUAGCUCACCCUACUCAGAAAUUAAAUAGCUGAAGA